UGUGAUCAGUGUGGAAAGAUUUUCUCAAGGAAAGAUAUUCUACAGCUUCACAUGAGAGCUCACAAUGGAGAGAAACCGUUCACAUGUGAUCAGUGCGGGAAGAGCUUCACACAAAAAGCACAUCUUACCAAGCACAUGAGGAUCCACACUAGAGAAAAGCUGCACGUAUGUGAUCAUUGCGGGAAGAAUUUCACACAAUCAUCAAUCCUUAAAGAACACAUGAGAAUCCACACCGGAGAGAAACCAUUCAUGUGUGAUCAAUGUGAAAAGAGAUUCUCAAACAAAAAACUUCUUAAGCUUCACAUGAGAGUUCAUACUGGAGAGAAGCUGUUCACAUGCGAUCAAUGCGGGAAGAGAUUCACACACAAAACACAUUUUAUGGGGCACAUGUGGAUCCACACGGGAGAGAAACCAUUCACAUGUGAUCAGUGUGGAAAGAGUUUCCCAUUCAAACAAAGUCUUGAGCUUCACAAGAGAGUUCACAUGGGAGAGAAACCAUUCACAUGUGAUCAGUGUGGAAAGAGUUUCUCAUACAAACAAAAUCUUAAGCUUCACAAGAGAAUCCACACCGGAGAGAAGCCGUUCAAGUGUGAUCAGUGUGAAAAGAGAUUCUCAAUGAAAAAUCAUCUUAAGCUUCACUUGAGAGUUCAUACUGGAGAGAAGCCGUUCACAUGCGAUCAAUGCGGGAAUAGCUUCUCACGAAAAUCAUAUCUUCAUGUUCACAUGAGAGUUCAUACUGGAGAGAAGCCGCACUGGUGUGAUCAAUGUGGGAAGAGAUUCACACAACCAGCACAUCUCAAACGACACAUGAUGGGCCACACUGGAGAGAAGCCAUAUGCAUGUGAUCAGUGCGACAAAACAUUUUUUGAGACAUCAGCCCUGAAGAAACACAUGACGGUUCAUAGCCACAUUCAUGUUCUUCCUCUUGUCGCGGCGGCAGCUUCCCUUGACUCGGUGAUCGAGGUCACGAUAUGCCGCUUCAGCCGUGGCUCGGACGUCUUCAGACGUCACACCGCUUGUAGACCAGCGUCCAUGUUCGUCCUUGGAUCCAUCCCUCCCUCACAGUACAAAGAAGAGGAUCUGCAGUCCAUUCGUAGUCUUACGGCUAAUGCAGGUACUGACAUACAAGGACAAGUGCAGCUAGAAGGUUUGAUGUUGGGUUGGCCCACAGUUUGUACCCACGAUAUAGGACAUACCACACUGGUCAAGCACCGUAUCCUGACUACCGAUGAAGUGUCUGUAAGGAAAAGACCGUACAAGGUAUCUUUGAAGAAACAAACAUAUAUCGACGAACAGAUUAAGGAGUUGUUGGACAAAGACAUCAUACAUCCCUCUAUGUCUCCUUGGGCUUCGCCAGUGGUGGUGGUGCCAAAAAAGGAUGGUAGAUCUCGUUUUUGUGUUGACUGUUGUGGACUUAAUGCUAAGACCCCUUUGGACUCGUAUCCAAUGCCACAAAUACAAGACAUUCUAGAGUCCUUACAUGGAGCAACUGUUUUCAGCACUCUUGAUCUGAAGAGUGGAUACUGGCAAAUGGAAAUGGAUCCUGACAGCAUUCAAAAGACAGCCUUUGUCACAUCAUCUGGGCUAUAUGAAUUUCAGCGUCUACCGUUCAGCCUAAAAACGCUGCAGCUUCUUUCCAGCAGUUGA